AUGGUCAAAUGUCAUGAUGAUAUAUGUUCUCAAAAACAGAGAACACCCAAAUCACCAAAAACUUGCAAGGGAAUUACGCAUGUCGGUCAACCUUGUAAAGUUUCUGUGGUCUCUGACACGUAUUGUCAUCAUCAUAAAGAACAAAGAACUGGGGAAAACAUAUAUGGUAUACCAAUGCAACGAAAAAAGAAUUCGUCUAAUGAUAAUGAUGGAAUAGAUGAACUAGAUUAUGAGAUGCGAUCUCUAUCGUUAAAUAAAAGCCCAUCAACACGAAAUGAUUCAAAAACAAAGAAUAAUGUAAUUGGCUCAACUUAUAUCACAAUAAACCACAAAAAUAAAAAUUAUCAGAUUUCGGGAGAGAAGGAAUCAAUAACUUCACAAACAAAGAAAAAAGUUCUUACAAGUACUAAAUGGGAGCAAACAGACACUCAUAAUAAAUUGCAAACACCACAGCGUGGAGAUGACAAUUUCGAGACGGCAAAUAAAGGAUUUCCGACUUUAACGAUAUCAUUUAAUGCAAGUCCGCUAGAAUCUUUAAUUGAAAAGCGCAGUGCUAGACAACAAAUAACGUACAAAGAAUUAUGCGAGGUAUUGGAAACACCUUAUCAAUCGCCAAUAAGGAAUUCACAUGAAUCGAUGACUGAUAAUCAAAAUAUGACACAUACCGAUUUAACUAAUUAUGAUCGUAGCCCAUCACCCACUUCCUCGUUACAAAAUAAAACUGUCAAAUUAGUUAAUCAAAAAAUCCAAGCUUCGGAAGAGAUUGUUAACAUUGAGGAGGAGUUGGAAAAGACCAUAUACGUUCCUGGUAAGGCAAUAUUAAAAUGGAUUCGUUUUGGAGAGUGGAUAAAACAAGAUCUUUCCCCGGAAACAAGGCGUUCAUUAAAAUCCGAAAUGGAGAAGCCAAUAGCCGAUAAAGAUGAACCUGGUUUCAUCUACGCAUAUAGAUUGCUUGAAGGACCCAAUUCCGAGGAGAUGGAUAAAUACACAUUCUAUAAAGUCGGUAGAACUUCGAAUGUACAUCGGAGGCUUUACCAAUGGGCCAAAAGAUGUGGAUACAAGCCCAAGUUAAUCGAAGAAUUCCCAUCUUCAAAGGAUAGUGAAGGGGGGGAAGGUUCACGCAUAAACGUUGAAAGAACAAAAUGCAAGUAUACGCAUAGAGCCGAAAGGCUCAUUCACAUUGAAUUGACCGCGCGAUUCAAAGCCGAUGUCGAAAAAUGCGAGUCCUGUGGGCGCUCACACAGGGAAUGGUUUAAAGCCUCAUCGGACGUAAACGAUGAAUUUGUGUUGCAUAGAUGGGAUGAUGUCCGAGAAGUAAUAACCCAUUGGAUAACCUUUGUUGAAAAGGUUUAUGGUACCGGAUAA